AUGUCAACAGACGCCGAGAUGGCCAUCUUUGGGGCGGCUGCUCCUUACCUCCGAAAGUCAGAGAAGGAGAGAAUCGAGGCCCAGAACAAGCCUUUUGAUGCCAAGUCAUCUGUCUUUGUCGUGCAUCCUAAAGAAUCCUUUGUGAAAGGGACAAUCCAGAACAAAGAAUCAGGGAAGGUCACUGUCAAGACUGAAGGGGGAGAAACCCUGACUGUGAAGGAAGAUCAAGUCUUCUCCAUGAACCCUCCCAAGUAUGACAAAAUCGAGGACAUGGCCAUGAUGACCCACCUCCAUGAACCCGCUGUGCUGUACAACCUCAAAGAGCGUUAUGCAGCCUGGAUGAUCUACCCCUACUCGGGUCUCUUCUGUGUCACCGUCAACCCCUACAAGUGGCUGCCGGUGUACAACCCGGAGGUGGUGUUGGCCUACCGAGGCAAGAAGCGCCAGGAGGCCCCUCCACACAUCUUCUCCAUCUCUGACAACGCCUAUCAGUUCAUGCUGACUGAUCGCGAGAACCAGUCUAUCCUGAUCACCGGAGAAUCCGGCGCAGGGAAGACUGUGAACACAAAGCGUGUCAUCCAGUACUUUGCAACAAUUGCAGCCAGUGGGGAGAAGAAGAAGGAAGAGCAGUCGGGCAAAAUGCAGGGAACACUUGAGGAUCAAAUCAUCAGCGCCAACCCACUGCUGGAGGCCUUUGGAAAUGCCAAGACCGUGAGGAAUGACAACUCCUCACGCUUUGGUAAAUUCAUUCGAAUCCACUUUGGUGCCACAGGCAAAUUGGCUUCUGCUGACAUUGAAACAUAUCUGCUGGAGAAAUCCAGAGUCACUUUCCAGCUCAAGGCAGAAAGAAGCUACCACAUAUUUUAUCAGAUCAUGUCCAACAAGAAGCCAGAGCUAAUUGACAUGCUUCUCAUUACCACCAACCCAUAUGACUACCAAUUUGUGAGUCAAGGGGAGAUCACUGUUGCCAGCAUAAAUGACCAGGAGGAGCUGAUGGCUACAGACAGUGCCAUUGACAUCCUGGGCUUCGCUCCUGAUGAGAAAACUGCCAUCUACAAGCUGACAGGGGCUGUCAUGCACUAUGGGAACCUGAAGUUCAAGCAGAAGCAGCGUGAGGAGCAGGCGGAGCCGGAUGGCACAGAAGUUGCUGACAAGGCUGCCUAUCUGAUGGGUCUGAACUCAGCAGAUCUGCUCAAGGCCCUUUGCUUCCCCCGAGGCAAAGUUGAGAAUUAAUAUGUGACCAAGGGUCAAACCGUGCAGCAGGUGAACAAUUCAGUGGGUGCCUUGGCAAAGGCUGUCUAUGAGAAGAUGUUCCUGUGGAUGGUUGUUCGCAUCAACCAACAGCUGGAUACCAAGCAGCCCAGACAGUACUUCAUUGGUGUCCUGGACAUUGCUGGCUUUGAGAUCUUUGAUUUCAACAGCCUGGAGCAGCUGUGCAUCAACUUCACCAAUGAGAAACUGCAACAGUUCUUCAACCACCACAUGUUCGUGCUGGAGCAGGAGGAGUACAAGAAGGAAGGAAUUGAAUGGGAGUUCAUUGACUUUGGGAUGGACCUGGCUGCCUGCAUUGAGCUCAUUGAGAAGCCCAUGGGCAUCUUCUCCAUCCUGGAAGAGGAGUGCAUGUUCCCCAAGGCAACUGACACCUCUUUCAAGAACAAGCUCUAUGACCAGCAUCUGGGCAAGUCCAACAACUUCCAGAAGCCCAAGCCUGGCAAAGGCAAGGCUGAGGCCCACUUCUCCCUGGUACACUAUGCUGGCACAGUGGACUACAACAUCACUGGCUGGCUGGAGAAGAACAAAGACCCCCUGAAUGAAACUGUCAUUGGGUUGUAUCAGAAAUCGUCUGUGAAGACACUGGCCUUACUCUUUGCCUCUGCUGGAGGAGAGGCAGAGGCUAGCGGUGGUGGUGGUGGUGGCAAGAAAGGUGGUAAGAAGAAGGGUUCUUCUUUCCAGACAGUCUCAGCUCUUUUCCGGGAGAACUUAAACAAGCUGAUGACCAAUCUACGCAGCACUCACCCCCAUUUUGUCCGUUGCAUCAUCCCAAAUGAAACAAAAACACCUGGUGCCAUGGAGCAUGAACUGGUACUUCACCAGCUGCGGUGCAAUGGUGUGCUGGAAGGCAUCAGAAUUUGCAGGAAAGGCUUCCCCAGCAGAGUCCUCUAUGCUGACUUCAAACAGAGAUACAAGGUGCUUAAUGCCAGUGCUAUUCCAGAGGGACAGUUCAUUGAUAGCAAGAAGGCUUCCGAGAAGCUUCUUGGCUCAAUUGAUGUGGACCACACCCAGUACAAAUUUGGCCACACCAAGGUGUUCUUCAAAGCUGGGCUGAUAGGUCUCUUGGAAGAGAUGAGGGAUGAGAAGCUGGCACAGCUCAUCACCCGUACACAGGCCAUGUGUAGAGGUUACCUGAUGAGAGUGGAGUACCAGAGAAUGGUGGAGAGGAGGGAGUCCAUCUUCUGCAUCCAGUACAAUGUUCGCUCCUUCAUGAAUGUGAAGCACUGGCCCUGGAUGAAGCUGUUCUUCAAGAUCAAGCCCCUGCUGAAGAGUGCAGAGUCUGAGAAGGAGAUGGCCAACAUGAAGGGGGAGUUUGAGAAAACCAAGGAAGAGCUUGCCAAGUCUGAGGCAAAGAGGAAGGAGCUGGAGGAGAAAAUGGUUUCUUUACUGAAGGAGAAAAAUGAUCUGCAGCUCCAAGUGCAGGCCGAAGCAGAUAGCUUGGCUGAU